AUAUGCCAAUAAUAUACCUGGCACAUGUGUUUUCAAGAGAAAGGGAAAUUGCAGAGAUUUUCUCGUACUGUUCAACAUCAAAACUACCUGGAAUAUGUGUGUUUGGAUUUUUACGUUUGUAUGUUUUGACCAAUAAUGGAAUCAUGGACAUUUCAUGUUGUAUUUAUCAUCUUGCCAGGCGUUAUAAGCAUUUGCAAAAAGGACGAAAUUCGUUGUAUAGACGGUUCGUGUGUGCCUGUCACCAAAGUGUUCGACGGGAGGAAAGACUGUCCCGACGGAAAAUACGACGAACCGGAGGAUUUCCGCUUCAUAUGUGGCCCCAUGGAGAUAAACUGCGCAGACGGAAGGUGUAUACCCAGGAAGAAGUUCUUUGACGGCGUCAAUGACUGCGGAGAUAAUUCGGACGAAGUGGGAGACCCAUGUCCGUUUCCCCAAUUCACGUGCUCCAGUUCUUCAAAGACGUGCAUUGACGUCAUCAAUUUGUAUGACGACGUAAGCGACUGUCCCGACGCGUCCGACGAACUGAAGGUAAUAGGAAGCACGUGCGGGGAGGGCGAGGAGUGCGACGGAAACUGCACGUGCGAACGAUUCUUAAACAACUCCGUCUGUUUGAACAACACGUGCUCGUGCGGCGUGGGGUACAAGAUGGCGGCGGUGCAGAGACAGAAACGCUGCGUUCCAAGAGUCUUGGGUGACGGAUGUGACUCGGACCACGCAUGUGCACUGGUGAUACCGAACUCGCAGUGUCUGGACGGCGCAUGCGCGUGUCUAACAGAUCGUCUGCCAAGUCUGAACAACAUGUGCAAACCCGCGUACCUCGGCGACGCUUGUCAAUCAAGCGCCGACUGCGCCGCCACCAACACCAGCAGUGUCUGCUCCGAGGCGGGCGCAUGCGUCUGUCCGCCUGCGUACUUCCGGCGGGACAACUCGAGCCAGUGUGAGCCAAGACGUAUUGGUGAUGUGUGUACAAAUUCAACAGACUGUCGCAAUUUUACCGAACAUAGUGAUUGUGUUAACCAUGCAUGCAAAUGUGUUAGCGGAUAUAAGCACAACAUUUCCAAUGGUUUGUGUGACAUCAUUCAAUAUGGCGAUGCGUGCAGCGACGCAAGCGACUGUGCCGACCUAAACAACGCUGAGUGCGCACGUGGUAAUUGCUCUUGCGUGGUAGGAUAUCGGUUGAAUGACACCGGAAACGCCUGCGUUCGCAGACGAUUGUUCGAUGAUUGCGACAAUCAAAUUGAUUGCUUGACAGCGAUAAAUUACUCAGUAUGUUCUAAUAGUUCAUGUGAGUGCGAUUCAAACUUACUCGCAGAUGUUGAAGCAAAUGAAUGUCGUCCUCGGAAAAUUUCGGACACAUGUGAAGGAGAUACGGACUGCGAAUCUUUCGUUUCCAAAUCGAUAUGCCUCAACGGCACGUGCUCGUGUCAUCCGGGCUACAAAUCAGCGACUUCCGGAAGCGCAUGCGUGCCUAGGGCGGUCGGUGAUCCGUGCAAUGCCGACGAAGACUGUCGGCUCGUCGGGAACGGCGAAUGCAACGAAACUUGUACUUGUGAGUCCGGAUACCUAGCCGAUAGUAACAAUUCAGAAUGUGUAAAACGUAGACUGAACAUGACAUGUGAAGAGGAUUCCGACUGCUUUAAUGCUGUGCUGGACAGUAUUUGCUCGAAUCGUUCCUGCAUCUGCAAAUCUGGUAUGAAGGCAGCGAACAAUAACAAUGAAUGCGAGGUGCGAAAUAUAUUCGACAUCUGUGGAAUUGACUCCGACUGUUUUGACGCUGUUAAACACACGUCAUGUUGGAACGGAACUUGUCGCUGCGACGUUGGGUACAUACAAGACAUGAACGCAUCCGCGUGCAGUAGACGUCACAUCGGUGACGUGUGUGAUGUCGAUGACGAUUGUUUCAUGUCAGUGAACGGAAGCGUCUGUGAGAACGGAACAUGUAAAUGCGACGUUGGAUUUAGGACGUCACUCUCCCCCGUGUCUCAGUGUAUACGGAACGCCAUCGGGGACACAUGUCAGCGCAACGCGGACUGUGAUAGCGUUUUGAACGGAAGCUACUGCAAUACAGGCGCGUGCGCGUGCGCGUUAGGUUAUCUUCCAAGCGACCAGAAAACCAUGUGUCUCAUGCGAAAGAUUUUCGAUAGAACGUGCCAGAAUACUAACGAUUGUUCCGCGGUGAUCCCAAACAGUAUUUGCACUAGCAAACAAUGCUUAUGCUCCGCGGGAUUCUACCCGUUCGCCGACAACCGAACUUGUACGAAGUUUAAAAUCGGUGACCGAAAUUGCAAGACUAUCCUCGACUGCAAGAAUGCAGUACCCUGGAGUACCUGUGAAAAGGGGGAGUGUGUUUGCGACAUUGGAUACAUGGCGGUCAACAAUCUAACAGAAUGCAGAAAACGGAUUAAUGGAGACGCAUGUUCGAAAGACAUCGAUUGCCCAAUCCUUCGGAGCCGAUGUUACAACGGCACAUGCGCCUGUGAACAAGGGUUCGAGCUACAUCCGGACUCGACCAAAUGUGCGCAGAAGCCCCGAAAGCUCCUAGACAUCUGCUCAUUCCAGGAGCAGUGUCGUCGUCUAGACAACAACAGUAUCUGCGGCAACCUGCACGGGAACCUGCGCGUCACUUCCUGCGUCUGUGUACAUGGACACUGGGACCGUAAAGACACGGGCACUUGUUAUGCCCCGACUCGUAUCGGCGACUACUGCGAGGAUCGGUCCUGGUGUGAGUUCGGACUGAACGUCCAGUGCGAUGGCAACCGGUGCACGUGCCGUCAAGGUUACAUCACCAACGCAACACUGAACGGCUGCGUCGAACUUCCCAGCGCGGUUGGUCACUUCUGCCGAAUGGACGCACACUGUGAACGCAUUCAGUACUCCCUGUGCGCUGGUAACAGCACCUGUCAGUGUCACUAUAUGUAUUACCCGGCCAAAGGUGGCGCAAAGUGUUUCAAACGUGAAUUUGUUCGAGUACCGGCAGUUCCAGCGGUCGCGCUCGGCGAACAGUGUGACCCACUGACUACCAGACCCUGCCACGAUUCGCCGGAGGGCCAUAAGCACUGGCGCUGCACGAAGGAAGCGGGCCGCGCGCAUGCACAUUGUACGUGCGUGCCGGGGUACGCCAGCAGACACUCCAACAAGAAUUUCUUCUGUGAAGAGAUCCAGACGUAUUACUUCGAGAUCAACAUCACGUCGGAGUUAGGCUGUGAAGAUACCGACGCCGCCGACGCCAAAGUUUGUUACGUCUACGAACCCGUGCGCGUGCUCAAUCGGUACAAUAACGCCAACACAAAAUACUUCACGUACAUUCGGGAUCGUAUAACGCUUUCUGGGCUGGCAGCUCUCUUCAACGACACCGGAAGUCGCGUCCGGGACCGCUACGUGAACAGCGAGGUUUUGAACCUGACGGAGUCUGACGGUGUCGGUGGGGGCGGCGGUGGGCUGCUGGCGGGAGUGCUGGUGUACCUGGAGGCGGACUACUAUAACAUCAUCAAUGAUACGGAGCUCACGGCCGAAAUGGUGGGCGCACUAAGGAGGUCUAACGGGGAAAUCGGCAAAAGUGGCCUGAAGAUAAAAUGGCCUUACGAAUAUGAGAUCAAGUACAGAGAGUUCGACGAGUGCACAGAGCGGGGUGGCGCGUUCUCGGAUUGUGAUCUCAUCGACGCCUGGUGCCUGGAUACGCGCGUGUCUUACAUGUGCUCUUGUCGGUACAGGUAUGAUGACUGGUCCCCGGACAGCCACAAACGGCCUGGAAGAAAGUGCCUUCCGAUUCCAGACGAGGUGACAACUGACAGUUUAAGUUGUUCAAAUGGAAAAUGUGACAACGAGUGGGGAUAUAUAAGUCUGGCUUUGAUCGGAUUUGGUGCAGUGCUUUUUAUAUUCAUAGGCUAUGAAAUAUACGCCCGAAAGAAGAAAUUACAACAAAGUGACAUUUAUUUCAAGCUUCAAAAGCAGGCAAGACGAUCGAAACUCAAGCAAAUAAAAGAGAAGCAAAAAACGAUCAAGCGACAGAAAAAGGAGGAACUAAAACAGAGCAAAAAGAAAGAGGACAACGCGCUACUUUCUGAGCGCAACGAAUCUCAUAUUGAGGAUAUCGAAUGUCAGACGCUGGAAGGGGAGUGCAGCAUUGUUGCAGGCGUUGCAGAGAAAAACUUAACAAGUCGGGAUCCAAUUGGGACCAAAGGCCCUUUCGCCGAACACAGUGGUUCUUCCGGCGUAACAGAAAGUCCCCCGGAACCAGCACCAUGUACGUGCGAGGACGAUCUGCAGCUUGUUCCCCGUGGUGACGGACAUAGAGAAUGGCGGUUUUCUGAUGACUGUAACUAUUUGCUUGAGGCAAUUGUGUGAAAUGAGCAUCAUUAUAACCCAUGCGAACGAGAGGGGAACAUUCAGUCACUGUAUCGGACGUUUAACCGUUUGAAACAUUUAUUACUUUGAGUCGCGUUUUGAUAAAACUGGGCUGAAUGCAUGUGCAUAGAGUGUCGUCUCAGAUUAGCCUGUGCAGUCCGCAAAGGCUUAUCAGGGACGACACUUUCCGCCUUAACUAGAUUUUGUAGAAAAGACUUCCUUUAAACGAAAAAUACCAUAAAAGCGGAAAGCGGACUGCACAGGCUAAUCUGGGACGACACUUUUCGCACAUGCAUUAUGCCCAGUUUUCUCAGAACGCGACUCCUUUGUAGAGCGAACGGGUACCACAUUUCUGAUUCUCAUUCGUCUCAUACACUUUAUGUCGGUCUAUAAGAUAUAGAGCGCAUGCGCAAAACAGAUUACACUUCAUGUGAAGCAGAAUAAAAUUGCAGUGAGAAUAAAAAAAUGCUCGUAUAUAACAGAGAGGUUAAACAUAAAAUGCAGUAAGCCCAUGUCUCCGUGCCAAUUUCAACACGUGGUGAUGAAAGUAUUAAACUUGGAAUAUAUCAACAUCAUGAAGUGUAGAUUAGCAAAACAGGUUUUUCGAAUCCUGUGAUCUACAAUUAUUUUCCGUGAACAUCGCUGAUAAAACCGGAUGGCAGAAUUAGUCAAUUUCGUAAAGAAGUUCAAACUAUUAUUGCAUAUUUUUAUCGAGUGAAUUGCUUGCUAUAUGAGUUGUCAAUAAACACUCAUGUGCUCA